AUGGCACCCUCUAGACGAAGCGCCAAGGCCGCAGCUGAGCCUCACGCCAGCCCGGCCGUCCGCAGCAACGAGCUCACCGUCGUCGAAAAGAUCACGAAAACGGCGGAACUUGCAGUCCCGAAAGAAAUCACCGCCGUAGCCAAAGGCCAUGCGGCCCGCCCGACACUACCUACCCAAGCCCAGUUCCCUCUGGCGGUGGCCUUGAGCUUCGUAACCGCCGGCAUUGGCUAUCGUAUGCUGGGAGAGCUCACAAACAACGAGCUUGCGGCCGUGACCGAGGCCCAGGAUACGUGGGGAGAGGUGGCAGUUCUAGCCGGUUGGAAAGUGUUUGAGCUGGCUGUCGGCUGGUUCGGCAAUUUAGACAGCCUUGAUGUUGCGACAAUGAACCUCUUGUCGCAUGGACCGGUUUUCUAUCUCUUGAGCACCUUCUACAACCUGAGACCUACGACGGCUAUAUCCGCUCUGCUCGUUGACAUUGCCUCUGUGGCCUUGCCCUUCUACGGCCUGCGCCCUCUCUCGGCAGUCCACACCCCUUCCGCCAAAGUCCCCAACCGCGAGCUCACGGAUAUCGGCCUUCAGAUCUACACGGCUGCUCUCGCGACUGGAAUCUACACCGUCGUCAUCGUGCUGUCCCUGCAGUUCCUGCUCCCCCGAGUCCUGAUCCUCUACUUCUCCCACCUCCCAACCCUCGUCCCCGCCUACACGGCAUCGUACGCGACCCUCCUCCCCGUGACGGUCGCGUUCGGCGCCUCGGCCAGCAACUUCAUCUUCGCGCCCUUUGCGACCACGGGCAAGGCAAGGGAGGACGAGCGCAUCGGCCAGUUCGACCCUGCGAGCGCCAGCCUGGGUGAGACCGUCUGGUGGAAUGUGUGGGGGUACACCGCAAAGACCAAGGUCGUCAUCCGUCGCACGGCAAUAAUCGCCCUCGUAACGGGCAUCAGCACCUACCUGUCCUGCACGAUGACAAUCUACGGCGUCGAGCCGACAGGUGCCGCGGUCUACGCAGCCGUCUGGGUGUUUGCAGCCCUGUUCUCAGGUGUCGGCCUGGGCCUGGUCGGUGGAGAUUAA